CUUUAGCGGAAUCGAAUCAUUGAUAACUUUCUCGUAUUUUGUUUGCAUAAAGGAGUUUCCACAGGAAGAUUCUAUUGUGAAUAGUUGUUGUUUUGAUUCUGAUUUAAGAAUCCUGGAAUGAAUUGAUUUGUUUUAGGAGUUUAGCCAAUCUUCUGUCAGCCGUAAAAACAACCAAAUUCAUAAGUGUCACGUAUUAACAAAUAAAGAAACAAGUAAGUUAAACGAAAGGGACCAUUGUUUUCAAUGUUUACAACUAUUUUUCGUCAGUAGAGAAUAUGUCUCUCAAUUCAAGACUAAUCGUGUCCAUACCAUAAGUAGAGUUAUUUAAAUACCUGUUGGAAAAGAUCUCUGAAUACUAUUUUUUCUGGGGAUUCCGAUAACUGUGCAUGUAUUCGCACCACCCAAUCAAACGAACGAACGGUGUUUUAUCGGUAUUGCUGUUCAACAAUCAUCAGCCAGUAUCGUGCAAACGUACGCGUAUUCACAGUCUUUCGAAUACCUGGCAGCGCGGUGAAGUAUAGGAGCGGUUUCUGUUUAGUCGAAGUGAUAAUGAGUCACUAAUCAAUCUGCCGCGGAUAAGGUCGGUCGAACACGACCAACGUUCCUAAAAUUGGGUACAUUUAUUCUUGCAGAUAUAGGCCCAAACAUUACAAAGACUGUGUUUGCAUUAGUUGUUUAACAAAAAAAAAAAUUAAGGGAAAUUGUGAAUCAGUUGUGUGAUGAUCAAAGAGAAAGUUGAACGUUGAUUCCAUCCAAAGCAUCAAAUGCUGUUGUAGCUCGUUCCACAUAAGGUUGGCAGAUCUAACCUACUGGUUAUCUUAUCGGCCCAAAGACGGAUCGUAUCUGGUUGUGGAAUUCCGAUAUCUUAAAAGGUUGAUCAUGGCAUAUAUGAACAAUCACCAACAAAUGCAAACCCCAAUGGGUGGCCCCCAUGAGGCAAUUCCGUUGCAGCGGAUGACUACUCGAGAGGAAGCCACCGAAAGGCAACGCAUACGCGACAUCUUCGACAAGUAUGACCGUAACGGGACGGGGCUACUUUCGAUUCAGGAGCUCAGACGCAUGAUAAACAGUCGUCGAUGUCCGGACUUGCCAAGAGGAUUCGUUAACAAAUUGAUGAAAACUGCCGACCAGAAUAAUGACGGCCAUCUCGAUUUUGAGGAAUUCUACCAAAUGUCCCGAGAACAUGAGUACCUGUUCAAAAACAUGUGCGUCCGUUACUGUAAACUUGUGGUUCCAAGUCGCAACCCUGCAGCAGUUGACGAACCUGAUGGCGAAUAUGAGCGUAGUAUGACAUUUUGCCCACCACCCCUAACGAUGGUUGUGUUCUCGAUUGUGGAAAUCAUUUUCUUCGUCAUUGAUAUUAUCGAAACCAACAAUCAAUUGGGAACCAGCACUAAUGGCCCUAUGGCCACCUUGUUCAUUUACAAUCCUCAACUGCGGCAACAGGCAUGGCGGUUUGUGACCUACAUGUUUGUCCACAUAGGAUUCAUGCACAUCGUAAUGAACUUACUUGUUCAAAUAUUCCUGGGGGUGGCACUCGAGCUCGUUCACUGUUGGUGGCGUGUCGCUUUGGUAUAUCUGGCCGGGGUUUUGGCAGGUUCCAUGGGGACAUCAAUAUUUUCCCCGAAAGUAUUUCUAGCAGGCGCAUCUGGAGGAGUCUAUGCGCUCAUCACUGCCCAUAUAGCGACGAUCAUCAUGAACUGGAGUCAAAUGGAGUAUGCUGUGGUGCAGUUGUUUGUGUUUCUGGUAUUUUGUAUUACCGAUCUGAGUACUUCGAUCUACAACAGCAUUUAUGAUCCAUUCGAUAAGGUUGGCUACAUCGCACAUGCAAGUGGUGCAAUUGCUGGCUUCCUCGUGGGGAUAGGCGUACUUCGCAAUCUCAGAGUAAAUCCUUGGGAACGAAAGCUGUGGUGGUGUGCCGUAACGAUCUACUUCCUGUUAAUGGGUGCCGGAGUCAUGUUUCAUAUUUUGAAUCCAAACCAUUUCUAUCCGACUUUUGCUUAAGAUUUCAAAAAAGUACAAAAAAAAGCACAAUUGGACAUUAUUCCACGGAAAGACAUUUGCAUAUAGCUAGCAUUAUUGUUCAACGAAAUAAGCUUUUCUCGGACGUGCCUUUAUAUAUUAUGGUUUUUGACAGCAUUUUAUUAUACUUAAAACUCAAAUCAUAUAUAUCUAUUUAUCGUAAGAUCAAAGAACAAACAUAUUGUACUAUAUAAAUGGUUAUGUUCAAUAAAAAGUAUAGCUAGUAAUAUUUUAUCGAAUAUGCGCUCUGAAUCGAAAUGUUUUAUAUUAUAUUGAAAGUAUUAAAACA